GCCGUAAGGGGCUGCCAUACAAGGAUGUAGUUAUAAGAUCAACCCUGUAGCCCCGCCGAUUGUCCCAUCACCUCAUUCUUGCUCCGGCAGUACCCCUUCUUGCACUCAUCAGCACAGACGACCCGACGAACCCAAGCCUCAACAUGCUCUCCUUUCUCCUAUCCUACCUCCACAGUUCCUACCUCCUCCCAUUCAUCCCCCUCUCCUUCAUCGCCGCCAGCUACCUCGCGGCAUGGUGCCGCCUCCGCCACUUCCCCGGCCCCCUCCUUGCCUCCUUCUCCUACUUCUGGAUGCUCCGCAUCUGCCGCUCGGGGGUCCAAGCCGCGUCGUACGAGCACCUGCACGACACCUACGGCAGCCACGUCGUGCGCAUCGGCCCCAACGACCUGAUCACCGACGACCCGUCGCUCAUCCGCCGCAUGAGCGCCGCGAGGAGCACCUAUCGCCGCAGUAGCUGGUACACGUCCCUGCGCAUGAACCCGUACGACGAGGGGCUGUUCAGUCUGACGGAUACCGCGGCGCACGAUAGGCUCAAGGCGAAGCUUGCGUUUGGGUAUGGCGGGCGGGAGAAUCAAGGGUUGGAAAGGGACGUGGAUGGCAUGAUUGAAAAGUUGGUGGGUUUGAUAAGGGGGAGGUAUCUGUCUGAUGAGCGGGGGACGAGGGGUUUUGAUCUGGCGACGGCGGCGCAGUAUUUUACGAUGGAUGUCAUCACCAAGGUUGCGUAUGGUAAGGAGUUUGGGUACCUGGAACGGGAUGAGGAUGUGUUUCAUGCUAUUCAGGGGGCGGAGGAGGGAAUUCCGUUCCUGGUGGUGCUGGCGGAGUUGCCGUUUCUCGGGUGGCUUUUCACGAGGCCGUGGGUCUUGAAGCUGGUCGGCCCGAAAAAGACGGAUGAGAAGGGACUGGGGAGGAUGUUGGGAAUCGCAGAGAAAGUAGUCACCAAGCGCUUUGGACCCGACGCCAAAGACCAGCAGGACAUGCUCGGCGCCUUUGUCCGCCACGGCGUCACGCAGCGCCAGUGUGAAAUCGAGGUGCCCUUCCAGCUAGUUGCUGGCUCUGACACAACCGCCACGGCAAUCCGCGGCACGAUGCUCCACCUCACUGGAACCAUGCAUGCCUACAUCAAACUGCAGAAGGAAAUCGACGCAGCGAUUGCGGAAGGUCGCAUCUCCAAGCCCAUCACGGCUGAGGAAGGCAAGGGACUCCAGUACCUCCAAGCUGUCAUCUACGAAGGCUUGCGCAUGCAGAUCCCCUUCUCCGGCCUGCUCAUGAAACAGGUCCCUCCCGAAGGCGAUACCAUCGAUGGCCGCAUCGUCCCCGGCGGCACCCGAGUCGGACACAACACCAAGGCGUUGAUGCGCCGAAAAGAUAUCUUUGGCGACGACGCCGACAUCUUCCGUCCCGAGCGCUGGCUGGGCAUCUCUCCGGAGCAGAAGCAACUCAUGGUGCAGACGACGGAGCUCGUGUUUGGGUAUGGUCGGUGGGGAUGCUCGGGCAAGUCGGUUGCGUUUCUCGAGUUGAACAAGAUCUACGUCGAGUUGCUGCGCAGGUUCGACUUUGAGAUCAUGUACCCGAAAGGACCGUGGCGCGAGUUCAACACCAACAUGUUUUUCCACUCUGACUUGUGGAUGAGGGUGACGGAGCGCGGGGAGUAACCGCUUGCAGUGGCGAGGACUCGAUGAAAUGAGUUAACGAAGGCAGGAUCCAUACAGCUCCGCAUGUUCGCAGUCUUCAACGUUAGAUAUUUGGGGUCCACAGUCCCCGGGAAAGCCGUCUCUGAAAUGAUUUGGAGGGACUGCGAGAGAUUCGGCUAAGCCCUCAACUCUCGCUCAGUUCAUGGGAUGUUGAGGCACUUGGGUGUGCAUGGUGUAGCUGCCAUUAGCGGCACAUCCAACCAGUGACUGGGACGGUUAUGCUGAACCGUCAAACGCUACUGUAGGUGCUACCUGACGCCAUCGUCCUGCCUGGGUGUGAGUUCGAUUCCUCCGAACUUCAAGCGCACAAUUCUUUUCACUUUCUCAUUCUGUCUUAGGCGGUCGAGCAGAC